ACACGCUACUGCGUAAGCGGAGUGCAGUCCCUCGCCUUAUAUACGGAGUGAAACGCCGCGCGCCGCCGCCUCUUUGGCGUCGUGUCUCGCGAGAAUGCCUCACGACCUCUCGCGAGAAUGAAGGGAGGCGGCCUCUAGGGGAGAUGGAGGCGCCGCAGCGCGUGCCUGCCGGGCUCCCUACUAUAGUGGCGCAAACAGACUGGUCUGAACCAUGGCUAUUGGGACUUCUAGUUUUCCACAUUCUCUGCUUCCUGCUCACUUGCAUUUCAUUCCAGCGCUACUACCUACAGAUAGGACAUUUUCUCUGCAUGGUGGCUUUGGUAUAUUGUGCUGAAUAUAUCAAUGAACUGGCUGCUAUGAAUUGGAGGUUGUUUUCUAAAUACCAAUACUUUGAUUCGAGAGGGAUGUUUAUUUCCCUAGUAUUUUCAGCUCCAUUGCUGUUGAAUGCUAUAAUAAUAGUGAUUGCCUGGGUUUAUAAAACAUUGAAUGUAAUGACUGAAUUGAAGACACUACAACAGAAAAGAAAAGCAGAAAAAGAAAAGAAAAAAUGAUUAUUGAUGUAUUUUAAUAACAUUUUAUGUAACCAUUCCUUCCAUCUUAUCUUAUUUUUAACUGGGAGCUGCAAUAUUACCAUGUUGUUGUUUUUUACCACCUUCCAUAUUCUGAGUUUGUCAGCUGCAUAUCAUCCAUGUUUAUAUGUAAUAUUAACAUAACUAUGCCAGCAGAAAAAUGCUCACCUUAAAAAGCCUUCAUGCUCUUUACCAUACACUAAUUUGUUUCGAGCUGAGCCAGCGUAGCCUCUGCUAGGGCAGAUUUCAGCUAUUCUGUUCAAUAGUCCUUUGUCCAUAAAUUACAUACUUAUUUCAUAGGCUGCUCAUUAAGGUUCUAAUUUAAUGUCUUUGUAAGUUAAUUGAAGUUUUGAUACUGAUAUCAGUGGGUGCAUGAUGCGUUGAAAAAAUGUUUAAAAGUAUUGUAUUUGUGCAUCCCACCAUGUAUAUAUUAAUAAGCAACUCCUACAGAAUCGGUUUACAAAUAAAAUGUUUGUUUUUUCCCAACUGCUAGUCUUGUAAGUUUAAGUUGAGACAUGGUGGUCAAGAUGAGUUCUCAGAAAGAUUUGACGCUCAUGGGUAGACUAACAUGAGCACACAGUGCAAUAAUGAGCAAAAGGAAUAUUGCAAUCCUGGAGAAUUUCAAGUAAGAAUUGAAGGCUGUUUUACCUCUGUUUAACUCUGGCACUGGUGGAAUACUGUGUCCAGUACAGGGGUCCACUGUUCAAAGGAGCUAUUGAUAUUUUCAAAAGAGUUGCUUAAAGAAUUAGAAACAUGCUCUUAUGUGGGAGACACAAAAGGGAAUUAAACGUUUGUCAUGCAGCAUCACAACACUUAACUUUUUGGCAACAGGAGCAAUGGGACCCAUAAAGAGAUAGGCACUUCCUAUAUGAUGCAUGGAAAGAGCUAGGUAGCUAAGAAUGUGAUCCUCAAAGCCAGCACACUAGGUAAGGAGCUUCCUAAGCUGGCAAUGGCAAAUGCUGACCAAAAGUUGUGUCCUAAGGCCUGUCUGUGUCAUCAGAGUUCAGCGCCUAUCUUUGCUUAGCGAGCUGUGACUAGGAAUCCAUCUGGAAUCAGGCAGGUUAGGAAUAGGGAUGUAAAAUCCCAUUUCAUUGGCUAACCAGUUAAAUAUAUUGUUUAACCGGAUAACCGAUUUGAUUGGGUUGGGUCAAGGGGCACUGUAGCCUGACUGGAGCACCGCCCCACCCACCUGCCAUUGGGCUGGAAACUCUCCACCCUCUCUUCCCUGCCACUCUUCCCCAACUCCCCCCACAGGCAGGGGUUGCUCCAGUGUCCCAAUCGGACCAGCCACUGCCUGUGGGAUACCCAGGCCUGCUGUGGAUAGAGGCUUCUCCAUGGUGCACUGGAGCAGCCGCAGCCUGUGGUACACCAGGGCAUCCUACAGGUAGAGGCUGCCCCGGCAUCCCAGUUGAAGCAGCCCUAACAGAGAGACAUGUUACACUGGUUAAACCUUUACAUCCCUUCUUAGGCACCUAACGCAUUACUUGCAGAAAUGAGUUAGAGACCUCCCUUGUGCUAUAAAAAACAUAGUGAUGACCACUGCACUUGAAAACUUAGUGCAGUGGAAAGCACGCUCAUCUAUUGGUGAAGCUCAUGCAGGCCCAAAAGUCCACCCACAGAUCAGUUUAUAAGGCUAGGGUCUUCAGGGUCAGAGACAUGCCUCACUUUGUCUUGUAUAGCAAGACUACAGUGUUGGAGCCUAAUAAAUAAUACUGCUAUUCUUAACAGAGUAACAUACAUGCCUGAUCAAAAUAGCACGUAGGUAAUUGGAUAUCACCAUAAUGAUACAAUACAAUAGUUUGCAUUCUUUUAAAUGAAUAGAAGCAGGAUUUUACUUAAAAAUAAAUUAAUAUGAAGGCACAGUGCCCCCCGACUCCCUGUCGUGUGGAUGAUCUGUACACAUUGGAAGAGAAUAGGUGCCAAAUCAAUAAAGUAGGUGUUUUUAAAAAUUGGAAUCUUAGCUUUGUUCAGCUCCAGGAAACUCAUAAAAUAUGCAUUAGAAUGCUAGGUAUAAUUGAAACAGCACAUGGUUUAAACACAUGGUUCAAGCACUCUUAAAGAUAACUAGCAAUACAUUUAAAAAUAAUUUUGCUGUAUAAAUGACUACAGACAGAGAGAAAUAUGACUUAUGUCCUAUACUGAUGACUUUUCCUCUGGUUAAUCUUUUUGUGUAACAUUUUGAAGAAAAUUCCACGUUUUAGAGUGAAGGAAAUAAAUACAUACAAGAAUGUGUACAAGAAUACGUAUGUAAAAUGGUUUUCAGAUUACAGUAUAUAAAAAAAUUGGAAUGUGUUUUAACCAUAACAGUAUCCCUCAGAGAAUUAAGCAGAAAGUGGUGAUUGUGUUGGUUAUAAUAGGAAUGGAUUUAUGAAGUGAUAGAACAAUAAAUAUAACCUAAAAGCCUA